AUGAGAGCCGUUUUGGCAUGGAGAGAUACUGUUCGGGAACAGUGGUAAGCUUCUACAUGCUUUUGUUUACGAUCUAUGCUGUGCAGGGAUGUAACGCGAGGUGGUUAGCAACGGCGGUUGCUAUGUAAACUAGUGUUAGCCAUCAACGUUAGCUAGGAUUAGCAUAACAGUGGUUCACAGUUCGUCCAUAAAUGACGGAAAUACCAAAGCGUGGAACAUCUGUUGAAUAUUGGAUUUGAUGAAAAUAGGGACCUCUUUUAAUGUUGAAGCAUAUCUCCUUUAAAUGUUAUACGUGUUAAAGCACGGUCAAAGCUAACGGUAAUGUUAAGCUAGCCUCCUAUCGCUGAGUUGCUGCAUAUUACAGUUAUUACAGUUUUAUCUACAGUUACUGGCAGCCCGAUAUAUAAGACAGUCGAAUCAAAAGUAAACACUUUGUAUGCCAGUUACACGGUUUCCUGUAUGGUCUACUUCCUGCAAAACAAUGCAAAAUGGUGCAAAUGUAUUUAUUUGUUUAUUUGUUCAUUUUAUGUAUUUAGCACAGAUUAAUAACUGCAAGGAGGGAACGAAGCCGGUAGGGUUAUACAGAGUUCCACUCCCGCCAGGGCAGGGAACUCCAAAUGAUUGCAACUGCCAUUUAAUUUCCAAAACACAUUUCCUUUAAUAAAGCCCUCUUGUGUUUGUGUGUGCGUUGCAGAGCUGUCAGCUUUGUGGACUGAGUUAUUUGUUAAAAAUCACUGCAGACAUCAUCUAAGAACCUUGUGCUAAAGUAUUUUGCUGUAACGUUUUUCAAGAGCGACAGUUUAUACUUUUUUCUCUGAUCCGUUUCAAAAUACAAACAGAUUUAAUUUAUAACUUGGAAAGAAAUGUGUAUGACUAAUUUUAUAUCAUUAACUUUGUGUUUUAGCAUUUAUCUCUUCUAGAUUUAAUGACAGGAUCGUCUUUUAUUGAGCUAUUUUGGUGCUCUUAUUUUGUAUCUUUUACUGUUGUUUUAUUUCAUUUUAUUUAUUAUUUCUUAAAUUUCAUUCUAUGCUUUGUUUUUAGAUUUUAACCUAAACCUUAAGUGUUUCCUUAUCUUGAGUUUGAAAAUGACGUUUCCUCAGUACGCACACUCCUGUUUCCUGGAAAUCAAGUCCUUUUUAAGUUUUUGUUUGUGUAUAAAAAGUGCUAUACAAAUAAAGACUGAUUGAUUGAUUGACUGAAAGGAAGAGACAAGUGAUAGCUAAUAUUAUUGAGUGGAACUUGGCCGCAGUUUGACAAAGAGUGGAGAGAGCUUGUCAGGAUCCUUUGAAGACCAGCCUAAAGAUGCGAGGGAUCAGGAGUUAGUGAGGUCGGAUUGUCAGAGAUUGCCUCAAAGAGAAAAGGGGGACCAGCUUUGUGCAUAACAACUAUUGUUCUUAUUUACAGUGUUUAUGACAUUGCAUUCAAGCCAGAUGGAACUCAAGUUAUCGUUGCUGCAGGCCUUCGUGUCUUGGUAAGGUUUAGCUGUUUACUUAGGUCAAGGCAAAAAUGAUAAGAGUACAUUCUUCAUAAUGAUAUUGAUCCAAUGUUAAUUUGUUACAGGUGUACGAAACAGCAGACGGGACGAUUGUCAACCCUUUAAAAGGACACAAAGAUAUAGUGUACUGUGUCGCGUAUGCAAAAGAUGGUAUGCAGCAGGUUUUCCAUUUAUACAAUUACAUGUUUCUGUUGCUCAUAUACUAACCACUGCACUCUGCAGGAAAAAGGUUUGCAUCAGGGUCGGCUGACAAAAGCAUCAUCAUCUGGACUGCUAAACUGGAGGGUAUUUUGAAAUACACGUAAGUGUUACGCAAGCUUAACACUUAUUGUUGUCUUUCAUGGUGUGCGAUCCCCAACCCAUUUUCUUUAUCAUCUGUAGUCACAAUGACUCAAUCCAGUGUGUUGCUUACAACCCCGUCACUCACCAACUUGCGUCCUGUUCUUCUGGUGACUUUGGUGAGCAAACUAAGAGUAUCAGUCUAUAUUUCACCUUUAUUAUUAGGGAUAAAUUUCAAAACUCAUAUACAAUUUAAAUUUUUUUAAAAAGAGACAAGCAACAUGCUUUCUGUUCUCAGGUCUGUGGUCUCCAGAGCAAAAAUCUGUGAAUAAACAUAAAGUGAGCAGCAAAAUAACAUGUUGUGGGUAAGUUAAAUUUUCAUUUUUGUUAUUUCAUACCAUUUGCAACAUUGAUAACUUUUACUUUGAUAAAAUUUGUGGUUUCAUUUGUUUGAAGGUGGACAAACGAUGGCCAGUACCUUGCUCUUGGCAUGAUGAAUGGAGUGGUGAGUAUUCGCAACAAGAAUGGAGAGGAAAAGGUGAAGAUUGAGCGUCCAGGGGGCUCCUCCUCUCCUAUAUGGUCUAUAGCCUGGAACCCAUCCAAGUAAGUAAUCGUGAAUCCUAUACCAGCCGACUCAAUUUAAUGAACAUAUGCUCCCUGUGGGCUGUCUAUACAUGAAGAAACACUUUAAGUAAUGUUUAUGAAUGAGAGUGUGUUGCCUUUUGACUUGUCUGUGUAAGGCCAAGAGGGGGCAGUAGGGAACCAGUCAUUUUUAGUGAGGAAGAGGAUUAUGACAAGAUGAAGAAGCUGUCGCCCUAGUUUGAUGCCCCCUACAGCCAAAGCAGGAAGCUCAGCCCUAGACCACUCACAGGACUACUGGAUAGGUUAUAUGGGGGAAAAGGACAGACAAAAGUAGCUUUAAAAUCUAGCUUUAGGAAGGGGGGCAGUGAUGAGAAAUUAUAUGUUCCCCCAUAUACAGCAUUAUUGAGUUGCUUCAUGUAAUGUUGUUGAUCAAGUGAGAGGGGGGGGGGGGGGGGGGGGGGCAAAGCAUUAGGUCCAUCAGGUAAUAGUUUCCCAGUUGAGGAUUUAUUUUUAUUGCUUAUGGAUGCUCGACGAGGGCAUGACCUUCUCAGCCCAAAGGCUAAAACGCAUACAUACCUAGACAUACUGCUGCUGACAGUAAGAAAGGUUAAUGCAUGCAGUCUCUGUCCUUUCAUGCAGUUUACAGUGUACAGGAGUACAACAAGCAAAGCUAUGCUUAAAAUCACAAAAAGGACGUCCAACAUGUUUCCCUCAGCUGAAAAUGAAUCUCUCAGUUUUGAUAUCAUUUCUACAUCAACAACCGAAGCAGCUGAAGUUCUAUAUGUUUACAGAGGUACUUACAUCUGAAAUCAAUAUUUUUGUGUUUUCACAGAGAUGAGCACAAUGACAUUCUGGCUGUGGCAGACUGGGGUCAGAAACUGUCAUUCUAUCAGCUUAGCGGAAAGCAGGUAAUUCUUGCACAUCUCUGUGAUAGAAAACCGUAUCUUAAUCUGUGAUGCUUUUUACUUGAAAACAAAGUAAAGAUACUAACAAAGUAACUUGGCUUUGUUGGUACACAUACACAUAAAAUGAGCAGUUCUUCUGGAAAAUGUUCCUAUAAAAUAAACUCGUCUGCCUUUCCAAACUGUGAAAAGGGCAUUUCGGCGACUAAAUAAAGAUUGUCUCAUUAACUUGCCUGGUAAAUACCAGAGCACUAAUAGCGUUUUGAAACACUGUCAGCUCACUACACUGUGUGUGAUACGAAUCUCCGUAGGAAUAAAAACAAGAACACUUGACACAGUCUAGCUGCCCCAAAUAUAUGAUAUUGCAAACACUUCAGUGGUUUUAAGACCUGAGUUUCCUGUUGUAAUCAGUCUGUCAGGCUCUAAUGAAACCAUAACAGUACAUUGGAAGUGAUCCUGCUAUGUCUAAAUGGCCCUUUCACUGUCCCUCCUUCCCUCCAAAUUCCCUGUAGGCGAUACCGUAAUUAUGGACAAAUAUGCACUGUUCAUUACUCUGCCGUUGUGCCUUAGGCUCAUAUAUUGUCAUUGGUCUAUUCAGCUCCACCAGUGAACAUUCACUUUUGAUUACAACACCAGGGAUUGUUUGCAAUGAAAGAAAAUAACUUUGUAUUGUCAGACAGCUGAGUGAGGAGAAACAGAUGCGCUGAGUUCGGGAAUUAAUAUGGUGUUGUGCAAAUGCACUUUGAACAUUUAUACAAUAGAGGCCAUUUAAAUCAGAGAGAGCCUUUCUUUUCAUCAAACACUCAAAGGGAUAGUUGAAUGUGCCGAGGACUUUGAUGUGUUUAAGCCCCAGACAGUGGGAAGUAUUGGCCCGGGCCUCUGGGCAAUAAAUAUGAGGAAUGCUCUUUUUAUUCUCAGUUUAAUGUCUUCUUCUCUCUUUGUCUCUUUCAGAUUGGAAAAGACAGGACCCUCACCUAUGACCCAUGUUGCGUCAGCUAUUUCUCCAAGGGGGAGUAUAUAGUCAUGGGCGGCUCUGAUAAACAGGCCUCCCUCUACACUAAAGAUGGAGUACGGCUUGGAACUAUCGGAGAGCAGAAUGCCUGGGUGUGGACAUGCCGGGUUAAGCCUGACUCCAACUUUGUGGUGGGUCCAUAUAUUGUCAAGACAACGUCAUAUAUGUGUGUUUGGGAAAAGGUGAGGCAAAAGACUAAAAAGUCAAGACCUGCAGUCGGACAGGAUUUAAUAUAUUUUCUUGUUAUCAUAGCACAUAUAUGCAUACAGUAACACCUUAGCGGCCCCCUGCCAUACUUAACUCAAAGUGGUGAUGUAUGGAAGAAUUGGCAGAUUGUCUCAGCUGCACUGUGUAGAUGCUUUGACAACAGGAACAUUUUCCCACUCUCACAGUCUUUUCUUAGAGGUGUUAAUAGGAUGUACUGCUACAUUGUUAUCUCUUAUCUAGGUACUGGGCUGCCAGGAUGGUACUAUUGCCUGCUACCAACUUAUCUUCAGUACAGUUCAUGGCCUCUACAAGGAUCGCUAUGCUUACAGAGACAGCAUGACUGAUGUAAUCGUCCAGCACCUCAUUACCGAACAAAAAGGUGCACUUUUUACCUCAGCAACUGGCUAUUAAGUUUAUAACAUUUGGACAUACAGUUUAGUGUCGCCAAUUCAGAAAGAGAGAAUUUCCUCGUACACCCAACAUUGCUCCCCUGACUUAUCUGCUUCUUUUUCAAGUGAGGAUCAAGUGUCGUGAGCUGGUGAAAAAGAUUGCCAUCUACAGAAACCGUCUCGCCAUCCAGCUGCCGGAGAAAAUCCUCAUCUACGAGCUUUAUUCAGAUGACUCCUCAGAUAUGCACUAUCGCAUAAAAGAGAAGAUCGGCAGGAAGUUUGAAUGCAACUUGCUGGUGGUCUGCUCCCAGCACAUCAUUCUCUGUCAGGUCAGACAAAUAGUUACAUUUGCUUGUUAAAAGUUUUUUUGUUUUUGCUAAGAUAUUCACGUCUGAAGAUUUCCUUCAGUUUCAAUUUUCCGAAUAAGUUUGACUGACCUGCAGUAACACUCUGUAUUCUAUAAAUAGCACAGAUGUAUACUUGACAGGUUUUCAAAAGACACACAAUAUGGAGGCACGGUGUUUAGCUGCUCAGUUCUUGCCCAAACAAUCCAGAGAAAAAGGAUAUUAUCCUGGAAUUCCCGCUUCCCCAGAUGUUUUUGCCUCGCUCCUAAAAGGCUCCGGCUGAUCAUGUGCUCUGCAGGCUCUUUUCCCCUCUCCCUGUUUCCACCCCUCUUCAAACUGGAUAAAGUAAGACAGUUGAAUGAAGGGGAGGGACCUUAGUGUGUUGAACCAGUGGGUGUCCCUUGGGGUUCCUCUCUGCUUCUCGUCUGCGUCUGUUUGACAGGGGGUGGUAGGGAGGAGGAGCAGCCAUAACAUCGAGGUUAUUUCCCUUUAAAUCUGUCUCUGUGUGACAGAGGUGCUUCAGAUCUCUCUCAUGGAAGCAUACUCGUGUUUCAUCCUCAGACAACUUUUAGGUGAUAUAAAUGGACUGUGAUCGUAUGGGCUGUGUACAUCUGUGUCAAAGUCAAAUCAUUGUUUACCUUUAUGGCGUUGCUGUCUGACAGUAAGCCACACUUUGCAGCCUUUAAAAGAAACAACAUGCUGAGAUUUGUUAGAUCUUUUACAAGAACGUUUAAAUAGCACACAGGAUGAGAUUAAGAGACUGCAUGAGUCCUUUCUUAGAUGUAAUACUUACCGCACUUUUCACCGCCCUGCAGGAGAAGAGGCUCCAGUGCAUGUCUUUCACCAGUGUGAAGGAAAAAGAAUGGGUGAUGGAGUCUCUGAUUCGCUACAUCAAAGUGAUCGGUGGUCCCCCAGGCAGGGAGGGCCUUCUAGUCGGGUUAAAGAAUGGAGCUGUGAGUAUGAGGGAAAAAAAAAACCCUGCAUAAACUAACCCUGAAAUAACUGAUCCUGUAAUUUGAUUUUGCUUUACUUGUUUGAUUGUUGUUUGUGAUGUAGAUCCUGAAGAUAUUUGUUGACAACCCGUUUCCGAUCACGCUGCUGAAGCUGUCUACAUCUGUGCGAUGUUUGGACAUGAGCGCCUCCCGCAACAAACUGGCUGUGGUGGAUGAGCACAAUACUCUCCUUGUGUAUGACAUCAACAGUAAAGAGCUGCUUUUCCAGGUUAGCGUUAAGGUUAUAUUAAAUAGGACAUGCAUGUUUGUAUAAUUUUGGAUAUGUCAUGCCUUUGCCACAUAGUCUCCCUUACACCUCAUUCUCCUCCUCAUUCUCCCCUAUUACCUGCCCCCGCUCUCUCCUGCCUUCUCUGUAGGAGCCCAAUGCUAACAGUGUUGCCUGGAACACCCAGUGUGAGGACAUGCUGUGCUUCUCUGGCAACGGCUACCUCAACAUCAAGGCUAGCAACUUUCCUGUACAUCAGCAAAAGAUGCAAGGCUUCAUGGUCGGCUACAAUGGAUCUAAGAUCUUCUGUCUCCACGUUUAUUCCAUGUCUGCAGUGGAGGUGCCUCAGGUCUGUGCUGUCUUGAAAGACCUUUUUAGUGCAGAUUAAGUGAUUUUGGUUGUAGUGGUGGUAAGGCUGAAACAAAAAUGACUUUCAUAAGCCCCUUUCACACACGCAUACCCCAGUCAUACCUGCCAACAUUUAGGUUAUAAAAUCCGAGUGAUUUUUGCGGGGCACGCCGGGCAGUUUUGGGGUUACCUUGUAUGGUGGAUAUGAGCUAAUUAUGAGAGUAUUUGUACUUAGAUAGCUCAUCCAAAUAAGUAUAAGUGAAGCUACACACUUUUUUGUUUUGGUAAUGAAAAAAUAAUAGCUACGAUAUGCCUUGAACUUAUUUAGUCCACUCAUAUUAGUGUUAAAGUCCUCAGAUGUUUUACAUACUCUCCCGUAUGAAGCUCUCUGAACAUCUGUGCGUGCAAUACAGCACUUUUUUAUCUGAGGCUGCACUGAACACAUCACUCUGAGACGGUGAGAGACUAUCAACAAACACUGCUUAAAUAUAGUUUACAACUUGAACCGACCUGAAUCAUCCCAAAUUGUAAAAUAAAAGUAUCAAUCCAGUGUCCGUGAGGCUCAGCAGAAACACAGAACAAUCUUCAGUUGUCUGGAAACCUGGCAACUUUGGACAAAUUCAUCCGAUUCAUGAAUGAACGUGGACCAUGCAAACUAUGGGAGAUUCUCAGGAGAAAUUACAAUAUGGGAAGUGGGCGGGAGAUAGGUCUGAAAUACGGGUCCCAGUCCUUCUCCAGGUUUCAUAGUUGAGUGCAAAUGGCGAACUUUUCUAAUCAGGCCUUCUCCUGUCUGUCUGACCCAAGGAGUCAUUCAGGAAAGAGGCAGAACCAAACAUGGCCUGGUCAACAGCGCUCCACAGUUUUUAUCUCUUUAUUGUUCAGCGCUUACAUGACAGAUAUGUCCUUUUUCAUGUCAUAAGAAUGUCAUCAUUACAGAAUAUCGAAUACUUCUACUCUUGCACACACUCCUCUGCCCCUUGCUCCUUUUUUGCGAGCACAUUUGACUCAGAUUAUCUCCCACUGUCAGGGGCAAGUGCCUUGAAAUAUCAGGCCCUGAUUCUUUUAGAAAAUGUCUCGAGUUCAAGAGUGAAAAGGGGUGCCGACUGACUUUCUAAUAAUUGAAUCAAGUGUGUGUUAAAUGUCAGGUAUGCUGUUAUUCUUAUUGUGGCGUUAUUGCUCUUUGCAGUCUGCACCAAUGUACCAAUACCUGGAGAGGAAGAUGUUCAAGGAGGCCUACCAGAUUGCCUGUCUAGGUGUGACAGACAGUGACUGGAGGGAUUUGGCUACAGAGGCCCUGGAGGGACUCGACUUCGACACCGCCAAGAAGGUUGGUCACACAGAUUGCUGUUAUCAAGAUUGGUGUCACUGACCCACUGUUUACUUCUGUUACGGUCACGAAAUACUAAAAACAUACAAACAGCGGUAACUUCCCUACAUGUAAAGACCUUUUAACUUGUGCUCUGAGGUCACCAGCAAACACUCAUCUUUCAUUGACAGGAUUACAACAUGACCCAGGCAGCCAAAGAUAAAGCAGUAUUCAAAUUAAAACAUGUGAAGGACGCGCCUUUAAAAUGUCAACACUGCGACAGAAAACAGAAAACAGAUCUGGUUCAGAAGAGCCAUCCCUUUUGAAUUAUUUCUUGACUUUACAUUUUUUCAGGCCUUCAUCAGAAUCAGGGACCUGCGCUAUCUGGAGCUCAUCAACAGCAUUGAGGUAAUAUUUUGUCUUCUCUAUGUUGAGUUUUUCUUGCCACUAGCUAAGCGGGGUUAGAUGAGGCUUGAGGGGACACUUAGCCAAUCACACUUUUAUCACAUUCUACACUUUAUUGCUCAGCUUUGCCUGAGGUUACCUUAUAAAAAAGUAGUCCAACAAAGCAGGAUCUUGUAUCAUGACCUUUUAAGGUUGUGUCCACACACACACACACAACCUAGCAGACAUACAUGAAUAGAAAGCACACAUACUUUAAAUUCCCUGAUAAUAUGAAUGAAGUCCAGAGGCAAUUUUUUUUUUUUCAUUUUGGCUCGUGACUAAAGACAGUUUUUCUUUUCCUUUACACAAUGUUUGCUCUUUGAUAUGAAUAUUAAAAGGGUCUGUAGAUAGUACUCUUAUUUGACUUUAUUCGAGUGAUGUUGUAAGAGUUAGAUUUGAGUUCACAAGAAAAAGGUUUCAAUGCAGAACCAACUGAAGGUGUGAACAAAGCGCCUUAUCGUUGUGUGUGCACAUGCGUGUGAGUGUUUGCCAUCCGCACCCAUGCCAGUGUAUCGUGUUGACUGAUUUGCAGGAGAGGAAGAAGCGGGGUGAGAACGACAAUGAGCUGUUCCUGGCAGACGUCUAUGCCUACCAGGGGAAAUUCCACGAGGCAGCCAAGCUCUACAAACGCACCGGUCAUGAAUCCAGAGCCCUUAGCAUGUACACCGACCUGCGCAUGUUCGACUACGCCAAGGUGAUUGACAUAAAACACAUCCCUGCGUAAACCGUAUAUUUGUAUCAUGAUGGAGGGAACAACCUGAAACUCGCAGCAUGUUCUAAGGGUAGAGAACAUGUGUUUUUCCUCAUCAUGCACAGUUAUGCCAAGUUGGGGCCCUGCACUGUGCUCAAACGGCCCUCUUUACCGUCUGUCUUUCAUCUCCUCAUAUAUCACUAGAAUAUCCACAUAUAUCAUCUGAUCAGUACACACACACUGUGCUUUUAAAUACAUAUCCCCUGUACAAGACAAAGGUAACCUACACACAUGGCUGAGCAGUUGGAAAUGGAGCUCAAACGGAGAGAAAAAACACCGGCGUCUGUUCUUACAUGAGUACUUUGAUGAGAGGGUCAUUGGGAGUUGAGGCAAAUUCAUGCUUUAUUAUGUUUACACGCGGGGACACUUUGAUCAGCAGCAUUACAUUCUCAAUGCUGAAGCAGACGACACAACCAUGACUCGGUAUGUAUAUUUGUGCAUGCGUAUCAGAUUGUAUGUGUGUUUGAUGUGUCUACUGUAUAUUUAUGUGGCUGUGAGGCCAUCUGGCUCUAAAGGCUGUUUGUUUUAGGUAGGAUGGACACCGGAGGGAAAGACCUUCCAGCAGACGGGUGUUUGUGUGACUCUCUUCCUCCUGUGUCGGCCUUGACCCACAUAGUUAUGGCUGUCUGAACUUGACUUCUCUUCUUCCUUCUAGAAAAAAAAAAUCACCACUGGUGUGUUCUAUGUACCCUUUCUUGCAGGAGUUUGUGGGAUCCACAGACCCUAAGAGCACCCGGAUCCUGAUGACCAAGCAGGCAGACUGGGCUAAGAGCAGUAAGGAGCCCCGGGCAGCGGCGGAGAUGUACCUGUCAGCAGGGGAACAUCUAAAAGCCAUCGACAUUAUUGGAGAACACGGAUGGGCUGACAUGUAGGUGUCGGUUACUAUUGAAGACACUCACUCCCCUUUUAAGUUUCCUGAACCGUAUUCUUGAUGUCGCAAAAUGAGUACACCUCUGAAUACAGUUAAUGUAGACAUAUUCUACUCUGUAACUGAAUAAAAGACAGUUAAGUGGUAGGAAAUGUUCAAUGCUGCACUCUCUGUCUGAAAUGUCCCAAUUUAACUGUCAGUGGUGUAGUUUGCUCCAUUUUUCUCUAAGACGUUGAUUGAACCCCACACAAUACUAUAACGCCAGUAGAAUGACAAAAAUACGGUGUUUACUUAAAGCAGUGGUGAGGAAUUGGCCGGGGACAGAGGCAAAUAUGACAAAUACUCUGAUUCAAAUCCUGAAGUUUUAUAAUUCUUCUUUCGUAGUAGACAUCUAAUUUGCCGUAUUGACAGUCCCUUUCCGGUGAAAAUAUUUGCCGGUUAUUCCAAGAUUACUUCAGUUUUUCAUCUUUUGCAAACUGAUAUGCAUGCAGAGUAGCAAAGCGAUUUAAUGUUUAUCUACCGAGGGGAGGAAAUAUCUCUGCCCUCACCCUGAGUCAGAGAUUUGCGCUUACAAGCAAGGAUUGGUGAUAUCAUAAGACAGGAAGCGAGUCAUGGUCCUGCAUGCAACUUACACAAACGUCAUAUGGAAAACAUCAGGAGCCUGGUGGAUUCUCCAGCGAGUGUGCAGAUGCAGUUUGGAAUAUUUUUAAACUAGGUCUCCAAAAGUUUCUCUCUGAUAAAAACAGAUCAGACAUAAAUUGGCUCAAAGAUGUUUAGAGAGAAAUCUUUAAAUUUUAAUCGUUGUUGCCUCAAAAGUAAAAGAGAGGAAAUGAUUAAUAUACAGAGCAUGUCUUUUAAGCAGGGGAUUAUUAGAAGGUAAAUUUAACAUGGGAUAUGAGUGCGUGUGAUACAAAACUGAUGGGCUGCAGCUCUCCACCAACUCCAUUCGAGCUCCUGUGUGCAUGCUCACAGUUCCCCGUGGAGUUAGCAGUGUGUCGGCACAACAAACACCACAGCUGAGCAGAGUGGGAGAUCUUUCACCUGAAUCUGAUCCAGCCACUGACCCUUAAUAUUUUUUGAGGUCACAGGCAGAACUUUACUCGAUGGUUUGUCUGCACUUGCCCUUUCUUGUGUGUGAUCGCUCCUCUCCCCUCUUGUUCAGGCUGAUUGACAUCGCUCGCAAGUUGGACAAGGCUGAACGAGAACCCCUGGCAAAGUGUGCCCUCUACUUUGAGAAGCUGAAGCACCAUGGCUACGCCUCCGAGACUUAUUCGAAGAUGGGAGACUUGCAGGCUCUAGUGCAGCUGCAUGUGGAAACCCGGCACUGGGAAGAGGUCUGACAUACUUAUACAUGGGGGCACACCUGCUCCACUCAUCAUGGCUUAUAUAUAUGUGCUAUAUAUAGUAUCCGGAGACAAUCACAUAAAUAAAUGUGAGCCUCAUAGGACAGAGCCAACAAAAAACUUCAGCAGAACUCAGAAGCCCACACUACAAAUCACAAGAUGUGCAUGACUUACUUAGUCCCAGCAGGAAUCUCUAAGAGUAUCCUGUAUUUGUUGAAGCCAGCGCAGCUGAAUGCAAACAAUAAAACAAUGAGUCUGCCUAAUGUCCUCAUGCACUGAAACUUAAACCAUACACACGCUCCGGAGUUAAUCAUCCGGAUUUGGAUUUCUCUGAAUCCAUGCCCACAUGAUGAUUAGAGAGUGAGAAGCACAAAGCACUGAAAGAGCAUCAGCUUAAAGCUCUAUUCUGCUUCCAAUCAAAUUCCUCCAUCAGGGCUGAUCAUGCUGCACACACACACAAGAAGAAAAUAUUUCAUUUCUUUAAUCCAUCUGCAGUCUGUAAUCGAGUUUAAGGCGUAACAGAGAUGCAUAUUGCUGAUUUAAAUGCUGAAACAGAGGAGCCAAAAACAGAACCUCCUAUAAAGAUCACAUGGUCGUGCUGUUUUGUCUGAGGAAGUCUUCCCCGAUAUUUAUUUGAUCCUCCGAGAGGAAUAAAAAGAGAGUAGAGAGAGGGAGGCAAAGAUGAGAGAACUGUUGGGUUUUAUGUCUUGUCUGUGGGAGGUACUGCGACAGGAUAGAGCUCAGACUAGACUUGUGAAUGGGCCAUAUGGAUGCUAUUCCCUGCUCACUCUCUUUUUCCUAAAACCUUUUAUUUAUUUAAACGAUUUUUUACUCACAGGCCGAGGACACACACACACACCCUCUCCUCUUUUACUGUACUGUGUGUGUUUCUUGGCUCAGGUUUUACUACAGGACAUUUAGAUUAAUCAGUCACCUUGACAGGCAAAUGUGUGUCCACAGGGUGCUAUAACAGCCAUUUAUAUCCUGUCAUUCAAACAGCGUAAGAGCUGCAGUCUAAUUGAGUGUAAAAUCAACUUAGCUCAUAAACUUGUCUUUGUUCCAAACUUAUUAAUAAUGCUGGACUUGUGUUUUGACGGGAAGUAAUGCGUGUUUUUCAAUUUUCAGGCCUUUUCAUUGGUGGAGAAGCACCCCCAGUUCAAAAACAACGUCUUUGUGCCUUACGCUCAGUGGUUGGCUGAAAACGAUCGGUUCGAAGAGGCACAAAAAGGUGAGUCUGCAUCACGUCUUCACAACUCAUCUUUUUAUUUCCGAGUGUGUGUGUGUUUUCAGGAUUAUUUCAGCGAACAUUAAAGUCUGCAGCCACUGCCAGUGUUUACAUAUGGAAGUGAUAAAGCCCCCGGCUGACUCUGGACGCAGACAUUUUUUCACUCCCUCCUUAAGAUGCUCUCUAUCCACUGUAAAACAUGAUCCUCUUUGCUGGAGCGGAGCAGAACAGAGCCGGGCUGCCUGUUAACUGAAUGACAUGCAUGCAUGCCUCUAAUCACCAGAACUACAAGCGGCUCUGAUGAUGAUUACCAACUGUAACCAUAGUUAUAAUCAGCUCAUAGAUUUAUAAUUAUGAUCUCAGCAGGCAUAUUUCCUCGUCUACAUAAUCUGCCUCUGCCUGUCUCUACACGAGAUACAUGACUGAACGGGCCUGAUUGUAUUGGAGCUUGCUCAUGGUCAUGCGUUUUGCUGAUUGAGUGUAUUUUAGUCAGGCCGUGACACAAUAUUGUGUAACUUGUAAUUGAGCUCGGUUUUGCCCCCCUGUCCACAGCACUUCUUAAUAGCAGCUUCACAAAUGUUUAACUCUAACCGCUGACUGAGGUGGUCUGCUGGGUUUUGAAGUUAAUGGGGCUUCAUCAAGAGUUUUUAGAGAGUUUGCAGUAUUUCAACCAUUACUAAUGAGUCUGUUACAUGCCUUUCCCUUUUUUGUCUCCUCAUCGUCUUUUGUUUUGAUUGAAACGUCUUUAAAGUUGCUGUGUUUCCAAGUUUCAUUAAUUUAAAGCCUUCAAAUCCUGAUAACUCAAGCCUGUUCAUAUUGUGGAUAAGGAGUUGCUUUCAUUACUCUAGUCCCACUACGAUCGUAUUUUUUUUACUACUUUUUAAGUGUUAUCAGUGGUCUUUAAAUUGUGAUUAUGAAGUUUUUGGCCAAAAUCACAUUGUCUGUGUCAUUUUCAAGGACUUUUCUUCUGCAGAGCUCCAGUAGCUCAUUAGCAAUUCGCCUCUGAAUCGUGGGCGGAGACAGCGCUGCUCUGCACACUCCACUAGCUUGUAGCCUAACACUGCAGGUGUAGUAGAAGAAGCAGGUAACAUAGGAACUAUUCAGCUCUUGGACACUAAUGUCUUCGGGGUUAUGAUGUAAGCUAAUAUCAUAAUUAUCUUUCUUACAAGCACUGCAAUUCGCUACCACACAUGCUUGUUCCGCAAUCGUCCUCUCUAUUCCUCCGAGUCUGGCCUGCAUAGCUCAGUGCUUGGAUUUGUGACAUAGGAAAUCUCACAGCAAUUUGAACGCAGAAAUACUUGUCCUGUAGCGUCAGAAAAAUGCUAUAUGAACGUGUAAAAAAAAAAGAAAAAAGUGAUUUUCAUCGGAGUGGGUCUUUAAAGCUUUUGUGAGGACCCUGUAGUUUGUAUUAAUUUUGGCGCCCCCUGUGGACAAAAUGGUAAAUUCUAUCUCUGGUCGGGUUUUCUGCAAAGGGAAAAAGUCUCAUCCUGCCUUCUUUAAAUAGCUAAACGUAUCACUAAUUGAAAACGAUUGCUGUGGAAUAUAAAACAGCCAUCUGUACACUAUUCUGCUUAAGCUCGUGACUCUUGCUUGGCAGAGGUAAAAGCAUUAAAAAUCUCUGAGUAGAAAAGAUAAAUUUUCUAGCUUAUGUUCUUGUUUGCUUUUGUUUUGCAUAUGAAGGCAGCACAUCUUAUUUUAGUCUGCCUUCUAACCAACCGAAAUCUCCACACAUGGAGCUUUAAGUAAAGAUUCACUUAUUUACAUCCACAUAGAGCCAUCAACUUGAUUGGCCCAAUUUCUUUGAUACAUAAAGUAACAAUAUGCUGUGUGCUUACAUAAAACCCAUCCUAAAACGACCCAGAAAUCUAAAAUUUGCAAUUCUAGCACAAUGUUUAUUGUUUCUGUUCGUAUGGGAACAGAAAAUCAGAACCACAGCUGUACUUUGCAUAUUUGUCAGCUUAUGUUUUGUGUUUCUGUAAAGAGAAAGUGAUGUGUUCUCCUUCCCAGCAUUAACCAGCAGCAGCUGAAUGUGGUUUUCAUCCGGUUAGGUAGACUGAUAAAUAUUUACCGCUAACAUAUCCUGACCCCCGCUGUGGUUGCAGGGGAAGGGUCAGUGAAGGGGUCGACUCCCUAAAGCUGCUUCUAAUUAUCUCCCUGAUAGAAACAUGAAGAAUAGAGCUCAGGCUUAUUAGGGCUAUAAAGAUAGACUGCAUACUAAAAAGACGUAUGGUGGUUAUUACAUGGAGAAAAUUAGGGGGAACUAUAGCUUCAGAACCAUCCUAGCGUUUAAUAAGUAUGUGUUUCUGUGUGUAAAUGCUUACACUUGUUUGCCUGCGACUUUAUGGAGUUACAUAAGACCCUGUAGUUGUUUGUUGGUGCCUCUGAUGUAAUUGCAGUUUUCUGUCAUCUGUUAGCACUUUCAUGACAUGAGUUGAACCGCCAAAACAAAUAGCACUUCCUAUUGCCACAAAAAUCUAAUUAAAAGACAGAAAGUGUUCUAUUGUGAAAUUAAAUCUGAAAGUUUAGAGCAAAGAACACAACGAAAACUUAGCCGCAAAGGUCUCACCCACAUAGAAAUGAAUAAAGGAGCUUGUUCUCGAUUGGCACUUCAAAUUCAGCGAUGCCCCGAGACUCAACAGUUUUUCAAGGACAUAAAAUAACGAUCGGUCCCUCACCUUGUUCUUUUUUUUUCUCCUUUCUCCCUUUUCUCACUCUUUAGCAUUUCACAAAGCAGGGCGACAAAAUGAAGCUGUGAAAGUCUUGGAACAGCUCACCCAAAACGCCGUAGUUGAGAACAGGUUCAAUGAUGCAGGGUACUAUUAUUGGAUGCUGUCAAUGCAGUGUCUGGACAUUGCUAGAGGUGAGACCAAAUUUUCUUUGACAGUUAUUUUUAACUAUGAAAAUAUACAUUUUACUGAACGCCCUGUUGCAUAUUGGUUGUUUAUCAUUUACUGUGUUUUUCUAAAACAGAAAGUGAAGAGCAGAGGGAGGAAAUGCUGAAUAAGUUUGAGCGUUUUCAGCACCUGGCUGAGCUUUACCACGUCUACCGCUCCAUCCAGCGCUACACGGUGAGAACAUGCUACUUUUGUCAAUCCUAAUCUUAAAUAUCCAGACCAGAGAAAGGUGGGUGGAGGUCUUAGAAAUCACCGGACCAGCAAAGAUUGGCUGUCAGUUUGAAAGCUCUUGAAACAUUACCUACUAUGCGGUCAGAUUUCUGUUUGGGCAGAGACACAUUCCUGUUUUUUUUAGGAACACUGACAGCCCCCGUGCAUUUCUGCCCACUUUCUAAUCAACUUUUGUGCUCAAAUUUCUUGAGACUGUUGUUACCUUGACAAGAAGGAGGCCUGGCUCCGCAAGAUUAUGCCAAGCUGAAAAUAGAGUCAGAGUAGAGGAGAAGUUUAAGUAUGCGCAGAGGUGGAGUGAACAAAAGAGAAUUGAAGCUAAAGACCAGUGAGGAGGAAUUUAAUCAGCUUUAACUUCUUAGAAACCGCUGCUAUUAGCCUUUUUUUUUUCUUCUUUUUUUUGUGAAUGCUCUUCAAAGUUGACCAGGAGGAAAUUUCAGAUGAACAUGGCACAUGGCUGCCCAGAUUGAUAGAUGAGCUCUUUACGCAAUCCAAACCUCUCUGACCCCUUCACCAUGGUAACCAGCUGCUUGAUUGAUCAUGAUGACUACUUAAUCAGUGGUCUUCUCCAAGCCCCCCGCCCUAACUUACUUACACACAAGUAAUUCCUGGUUAUGAGCUCUAUAUGAGUGAGCUGGCCUGUGUCAGUGUCCUCAGUUUGUUGUUUUAGCCCUCCGCUCAGCUGUGGUCGCACCCCUGCAGCAGUGAGACAUCUCUGUGAUUCAAACCAGAGCAGGAACCCUCUAUAUCUCACUUUAACUCCCCCUGGGCAAGAACUAUAGAUUUGAACUAUCAACUUCCAGGAUAAAGUGCUGUUAGUGAUUGCUUUAGCAAAUCUGUUUUUCCCCUGUAGGGUACAGUGAGGUUGGGUGAGGCACAGCAAAAGGGUUGGGAUGCUUUAAGUCAAGGUUAAAUGAAAAAGAAAUAUUCAGGUGGGGAUUUCUUUUUUUGAACUGAGAUGCAUCUGUUUUUAUAAUCCUUUUAUUUUCCAUUUGCAUUUUUUUUCUUAAGGAUGAGCCCUUCAGUUCCCACAUGCCGGAGACGCUCUUCAACAUUUGCCGGUUCCUCCUGAGCAACCUCACCAAGAACAUACCGCCAGGCAUUUCUAAAGUGUAUCCUUUCAUCGUGCGAGCAGAAUUAGCGUAGUGCCUAGAUAUUUAGCAAAUAUUUUUAGAAUCAAGUAUUGUGGGGCCUGUCCUCUUUGGAAAACUCUCAAGAAACAGACAUGCCAAUCCGAAACGAAGACUGGCAGACACUGCGAUGAUAAAGUGGUGGAAAGGAGAUAGAAAUAGAGGGAAAGCGGAAGUGUUGGCGCCACAGCGGAAACCAUGCUGCUCCUGAGAGAAAGAGAAGGAUGAUGAUGAGAAGGAGGCGAGGAUGUCAACAAGAAACACAUCCCCCAUCGUCUAAACAAAUGCUUUGAUUACUUGAACUUUGCGUGUACUUAAACAUACACAAACACACGAAACAAUGAGCUUUAAUUUGAAAAAAACACACACAAAUAUACCCACACAGACAAAUCCAUGCGGUCUCACACCGUGGAGGCAGAGUAUGCGGAAGGAAAGCCCGGCCUUUGAGGAGGAAAUGAGACUGAGCUGCAAGAAUCCUCUGCGGCUCAACUGAGGUGUUCCAAAAACUUUGAACUCAGAUUUAUAGACUUAGCCGGGCUGCCUGAGACUCGGCGCGGACAAUUAAACACAUUGUCACAAAAGAAGUGCACUAAACAAAUUCGCACAAUGGGAGGACAUGCAUUCGUCAACAGUCCCAGCAGUGGAACAGUAACAGGGUGUGUGGGCGGAGCUGGAGAGGAGCUGAGUGGAGAGGAGUAAUGUUAAGUUUGAGGUGAUGGAGGUGUGCCAGCGUCGAGCCUUUGCAGCUGUAACUCAUUGACCUGUUACUGCCACUCUCAGAGCUGUUCUCUUAACAAUCUGUCUCUUUGUAAAAACAAAUAAGCAACAAUUUCCUACACUCAGAUUCAGAAAGAGGCACACAGGCUUGUAUAAGCACACGCACGGCCGCCCACUAACAGCCAGAACAAGGUAUUACUUUCAGGGCAUUUAGCCAAUGCUGCUGGCUCAGCACGGCUCUUGUUGUACUCAUUAAGAGAAAUGAGGCAAAAUACAGUUAUGCCUGUGUUCAAACGCUCCAUAGUGUACAUAUUUUUUUUUUGCAUAGAGGUAAGUAAUUCUAAAUGUCAACUAAAACCAAUAUGUCAUUGUUACUAUUUAAAGAUUUCUGCCUCUUCCUCUUACAUUUGUUUUCCUUAACCUGAUAAUUAGUAACACCUUUUAUGCGCUGGCAAAGCAGAGUCGCAAAUUGGGAGCGUAUAAGCUUGCCAGGUAUGCCUACGAGAAGCUCCAGGAGCUGCACACCCCCUCCCGCUUCCAGGAGUCCAUAGAGCUGGGCAGCCUCACCAUCCGCUCCAAACCCUUUAACGACAACGGGGUGUGUUAGACAUUGACAGACAUGCCAGUAUUUGUAAUUCGUUCGCAAAUAUUCUUGUUAUUACACCUCUCAUGUCCUUUACUGUGUAUUUUAAAUUUUUCUACAGGACCUUCGUGAGGGCAUGAUGUGCUACCGCUGCUCCUUCAACAACCCCCUCCUGUUCAAACAGGGGAGUGCGUGCAUCAACUGCAGGCAGCCUUUCAUCUACUCUGCUUCAUCAUACGGUCAGUGACUCAAAAAAAAAAAAUGGUGUGCAUUAUGUUGCCCAGAGAGGACGCCAUUUGUGUUUUUAAUGUAGCGUAUCUGCUCGUGUACAGAGGUGUUGCCUCUGGUGCAGUUCUACCUCGAGGAGGGCAUCAGUGAUGAAGAGGCUGUGUCUCUAAUUGACCUAGAAGUUCCCCACACAGACAGGAGCGAUGCACACUGGCAGGACAUGGACAAUGGUGGUAUCCUUUGGUCUUUUUUUAUACACAGUUCCAGACAGAGAAACAUGAUUCACAUGCUUUUUAUGAAUUAUUAAGUCCUCACUCUGCUGCCCCUGAGAGAGUCUGAAUCCCUUGCCUGAACACACUGCAUUUCAAAUUAAGCACGUGACCCCCCCUCUGCCCUGUGACACUUCUAAGAAGCUGUUUAGUCUGCAUUGGCCUCGAUUCUGUGCUGGUGGGUAAGCUGUCAGAGCUAAGUCAUCUUAGCUCUCAUGCUAAUAGGGUUAGCGAGGCUCUCCUGUCUCAUCUUAAUGACACUAACCCUCCACGAGCCGUAGCCACAGCCCUGGUGAAGGGAUUAACCUGCAUUAGCGGACAGACACUCACUCAAGGGCAUUGAGGUCUGCUCUGUUCCUCCAGAGCCACCAUAUGACUGACAGGCACGACUGAUUGGCGUUUUGAACACUCACAAUUUUAGAUUAGUCUCACUGGGAUAAUUUUAGAACGGCUUUCCCUGCCUUAAAAAUGUGAAGUCACAGAAAACAUCUAUAACAAGUAAAAUAUGAUAUGAUGUGUGUGCUAUAUGAGAUGUUUGUCCGUAAUUACAACCAACCAGAGUCACAAGCCAUGAGGAUAGAUGAUAGUUUGGAAGAAGCAGAGGAAGAUCCAUUUACGGCCAAAAUGAGUUUUAAGGUAAGAGAGAGGACAGAGGAGAUGAGGUGAUAAAUAUUCCACCAACUGGGCAAACCAGCUGGAGAGGGUAAAAGGACGAGUUCAAAAUAGAAAGUGUGUGUGCGUGUGUCCGAACAGCAGGGAGGCUGGAACUUUGUUCCAGUCAAGGUGGGUCGCCCGUCGCUGCGCUCUAUGAGCAGGAGGGAUGUGCUGAUCAAACGCUGGCCGAGGCCGCUCAAAUGGGAAUACUUCCGCUCCCUGCUGCCCGAUGUGAGCAUCACCAUGUGCCCCACCUGCUUCAAGGUAGAGUAUUUAUAAGACACCCUGCUCGUGUAUCCUACAGACAAAGAGUUUCUGUUUUCCUCUUUUCACUCGUAUGUCUAAGUCAGUGGUUCUCAAUCCAGUCCUCGAGGCCCACUGUCCUGCAUGUUUUGGAUGUUUCCCUGCUCCAACACACCUGAUUCAAAUGAUCAGCUCGUUAUCAAGCUCUGCAAUGGCUUAAUAACGAGCUGAUCAUUUGAGUCAGGUGUGUUGGGGGCUCGAGGACUGGAUUGAGAACCACUGGUCUAAGUCAUAUUGUUUUUGUUGUGUCAUUUGUUUCUUGCAGGCUGUUCUAACUGUUUCUUUCUUUGUGCUUCCUUGUAGAUGUUUCACAGUGAGGAUUAUGAGCUCCUGGUGCUUCAACACAACUGCUGUCCGUACUGUCGCAGACCUAUCGAUGAACCAAACUGA